AUGGCCCACCAUGCAAGGCACCUCCCCCUCCGCUACGCCGUUCAGCCCCCACUCCCUCCCUCCCUGCCCACCCGACUACAGAAGCCAGCGCCCCCCAGUGUCCGCGGCCGCUGCACCCCCCCCGCCCACGCUCCACCAAACCCCUCCACCCCAUGCCCCCCGCACGACCCUUUCCAGUCCCUAGAUCUGGCCCGCACCCGCCCAGCCCCUCGCGCCCCACGCCAGGCCCAUAUGCCCCAACAGGCCCAGCCACCCCCUCGCCACCAACUCCCCCCCCACUCUGCUGCCUACUGCGACACGGCCCCGCCUGCUACCGCCCCCCCAACCGUCACACACUCUAGCCCUAGCCCGCCCUAA